CGAUUACAGAGUUGUUUAUCUGGUUUAUUUUUAUGCACAGAGCUGUGUUUGAUGGUUUAUCCUGUUUGUUGUAUAUUGAAAUAAUUGCCAUUCGCAAAAUAAUUCAACAUUUUAGACCAAAAUGGCGAACGACGUACCAACCAAUUUAAACGACAAUCUGUUAAAAGAGAAAAUCUUUAACUGCAAGAUUUGCGAUGAGCUUUGCAUCUCCGAUAUAUUUUUCAUAAUCGGUAAAGGAAACGUAUGUUCUAAAUGCUACGAAAAGUGCGAAGAUAAAUCGAGGGCUGAGUUAAAUUCCGCUCAUAUCUUUGUUAUGUCUCAUCUUAUUUUGCCGUGCAAGUACGAAUCCAAGGGCUGCAUUAAAAAACUGACAUGCAAAAAUUAUGGGAAGCAUGUCAAUGUUUGUGAAUACAAAGUGAAGCCUUGUCCGAUGGUGAAUAAUAAAGGUUGCACUUGGAAUGGAACUAAUUUUGAAAUUGCCGAUCAUUUCGCAGAGGAUCACAAAGAUCAUGUGGUUAAAGGUGAAAAUAGCAUUUUUAAAGUUGAUACAUCCCUAUCCGAACAAUUCAACAUAAAAUUAUUGAUUGAUGACCACAAAAACUGCAUUUUAAAGACAGCCAUCAUUGAUAAUAAAUAUUAUUAUGCCAUUAAUCCCACUGUGCAGCUGGAAGAAUAUGUUGAAUAUCCAGUAAAACACAUCAGCAAAGUUACGCAGAAUUAUAUAAGAACUGUAGGCACCCUCACCAAGCUGAACAGUAUUUAUAAAGAGUCAAAUAUGAAUAAAAACCCUAAUGCGACAGAGGUUAUAAAUUUGGAGUCAUUGAAACAUUUUGCGGAUGAAAACAAUACAAUAGUCAAUGAAUUUAAUUUAAACCCAAAUGAUAUUGAGGAAAAAACAUUGGAACUAUUGAAAUGUCCAGGCUGCAAGAAAAAACUGAGACCGCCAAUUUAUCUGUGUGCAAAUGGACACAGCAUCUGUAUUUUGUGUCAUGACAAAGAAAAGGAAUGUCCCACAUGCAAUGGAGAAUGGACCAACACAAGAAAUUCUGUGGUAGAGGAUUUAAUUAAAAAUUUAAAAUAUCCAUGCCAAUAUAAAGAAUUUGGGUGCAAAGAAUUUGGCAGUGAACCUGAAGUUAGCAAACAUGAAGAAUCUUGUCCAUUACAUAUCUACAAAUGUCCAAUGGAGACCUGCAAUGAAUCUGGUAACUACAAAUUCAUAGUGGAACAUUUGAAUAGUGCACAUGAGGAUAUGGAACUUACUUCAAAUUUAUUAUUUUCAUAUUCAAUGCAAAGAAACGAAAAAUGGACUUUGUUUAAUUCAAAGAUAUUCAAAAUAACAUAUUAUUUGACUAAAGGAAGUUAUUUUUUUAUGAACUGGAUUGCUGAAUUGGUUUGCUCCAAUGAAGAUCCCAGUUCCUAUAUUUAUACAGUAGAAAUCGUAAAGGCUCAAGAGGAAUGGCCAUUAAUAAAAAGUGCCGCUUGUUUAAAAACGGGUAAUUUUCCUGAAAGAAAUAAAGAUAUGAGUCUUAAGUAUGCAGACUCUACAAAAUUUAACGUCUCUUUAAAAAAAAAGAAACCAGCAAACUAGAAAUAAUAAAAUGCUUAAUUAAUGUUAAAAAUAAUUUAUAAAUACAAUGUUUAUGUAUGAUUACAAUUUAUAUUAAUAAAUCUAUAACCCAACGCAUUUAGACAUUUUCUUAUCGUUUGUAUUGCUGUUAAGCUGCAGUAUCUUUAAUGUUACAAAUUUUAAUCACGUGGGUUGUUUUAACAAGGCUAUCUAAAAAAAUUGGAAAAAAAUCCAACCAAAAAGUAAAAUCUAUUUUUUUUAAAUGGAAAUUUUAAAGGUUAGUUACUUUUUUCAGAAAAUUUAAAAAU